AUGGUCGUUAUUCCUGCUCGAAGAGAGACGGCGUUUGCCAAUUCAUUUGGGGCGUUCACACGUCUGGUGGUUAGAAGUAUUAAUCAGUUUUCUUGGAAGUUUUUGAUUUUUCCUGUCCUUGCAGGCUUUUUAGAUGUCUCUUCAGAAGAACUGCAUCUGGAGUACUGUGAAGCAAACAAUAUAAUUGGGAAAUGUAUAGAUGCUGUUGAACUGUUAGCAGAACAGUGGGAAAAUUGGCUGAUUCAGUGAAAAGCUUUAAUUGCAAUAGCAAAAGGAGCAUUGCUGUCUGCUUUCAAGACUACGGGCACUCACCCAGCCCCUGCCUUUGGAAUGGGAGGACAGCAAGCCUCAAGCUUUGGGCUGUCAAGCUUUCCUGUCAGCAGCAGCAGUACUAGUGCCAGCAGUUUCUCUUUUAAAACCACUUCCAGCCUCAUUGGGUCGACUUUAUCUGGGAGCAGCCCUGCUGCUGGGAGCUCUUCUGCUGCUGCAAAUCCUCCUGCAUUUGGGACAACAUCCUCUCCUAGCGCUCCCCAAUCCGUUGGCUUUGGCGGCCCGGCCGCUCCAUCCGCAGCUUCCUUCUCCUUUAAAGCAGCUGCCACAGCUGGUGGCUUUGGGACUGCUGGCUUUUCAGGCUUUGGUAAUGCUUCUGCUGUGAACUCUGCAAGCACCACUCCCCUCCCAGCCUUUGGAGCCUUUAGCGCCACCGUAGCCACUUCUGCCUCGCCUUCCAGCAGUGCUUUAUUUGGCCAGAGCAGCAGUGCCUCUGGAGCUGCUGUCACCUCAGCCUCUGCUGCAGCCACCAGCUCCAGCCCUGCCUCAGAGAAGUUAUUCACACCCAAGAGUGAAUUGUCAGCUGAAGAGUGGCACCAGUUUGAAGCAAAGGAGUUCACAAUUGGAAAGAUUCCUCUUAAGCCACCACCAUUAGAACUUUUACAUGCUUUUGACCUUGUAAGUUUAUUCUGAAAUGUUGUUAAUUUUUAUUUCCUCUCUCAAUUCUCUUCUGCAGAAAUAAUAGUGAAAGUAUAAACUUUUGAAUGUUAUUUUGGGACAAACUUUUUACAUCUGAGAGAUGAACUAUUGAAAGUGAAAUGAAACAUUUCCUUCUC